AUGAUCCGGCACUCGAUACACAAUGGCCUCGGCCGGGGCAGGCCAGAGCUUUCGCGCCUCAGCGAGGGCAUCUCUGCCUCGCUGCGCAUGUUCUCUGCAGCUCAAGCACGCUGCGCCGAAGACAACGAUGGGGCGCGCUCCUCAAGCCGACAGCGGUCUGCCGCCGCUGGCAGCGAGUUGCUGUCCAUGAACGACAAGAGAAACAACACACCGACCACACCCAAGACGCCGGCGCCCCGGAGUUCCCCAAAGAUCAUUAGUGUCGGAUCCGCUGGCGGCGCCCGGACUACUGGAUUCACCGGCUUCAAGAAAGUAGACGCCAAGGACUUGAGCAAACCCUUGCCUGGAGCCGCUGCCCCGGGCGGCCCGGGCGGUAUCAUUCGUGGUGGAUUCCGCGGCCGAGGUGGCGGUGCCUUUCCAAGCCGAGGGGGAGGUGCCUUUCCAAGCCGAGGGGGAGGUGCCUUUCCAAGUCGGGGAGGUGGGAACUUUGCAGCUCGUCGGGGAGGAGCAGCAGGAGGAGGAGAUGGCCAGUUCCGCGGUGGCGGACGCGGACGCGGGCGUGGACGACGCCGAGGAGGGCCGGACGACCGACCACAGCGAUCAAACCGACCCGACGCGGCCGCCAUGCAAGAAGAGAACGAGUUCCAGCGCUUCAAGGCCUUUGGAACGGCCGAGGACCCUGAGCUUAUUGAGUAUUACGAAGCGGUCGAGUGCGGUGUUGAGAGACCAUACCAGCCCACGGGGCCCAAGGACCUGCUGGCCUCGCUGGCCGGCUACGCGCCCGCGAUUGCGUCGAGCCCCUCGCCGCUCGCCAAGGAGGCCACGAUCAUUUCCCAGGCGGUCGUGCUGGGCGGUGGUCGCCGUUAUCACCCCGAAGCAUGGCCAUCGCCUCCCGACGCUUGGUCGCAACUCAAGCAAGGAAACGGUGUCUUUUUCCCCAAUGAGAGAGCAAAGGCUUGGGUGAACAACUUUAGCAAGACCAAAUAUCAAAGCGUACCCAAGGAGACGCAGACAGCCGUUCUGGAUGCCGCCAUCUUGGGUAAAUAUGACGGACCCAAACAUGCCGAGCUAAAGGACACAAUUGGUACUGUGAGGAGUUUUGUCAAGCGGCACGGCACGUGGAAUGCGGCCGCUGAGAGGAGUAUUGAGGCAAGAAUCAAGAGCUUGCUACCUGGUGCUGCGCAAUCAGGGCCGGCAAAGGGCGGCCAAGCACAAGGCAAGGGUCAGGCAAAACGUGCUUGA